CGUUUUUGGAGAGAGGGAGAGAAAAAAAGCUCGCGAAGAGGAUAUAAUACGACCAUACGAGAGUUAAUUUAAAACAGCCCCGUUGCUCUCUAUUUUUGCAGGGCUUCGUUAAACUAAGGUUUAGCUGCUUCAAAUUCCGCCCACUUUUCCUCCAUUCUCCAUCCUUCUUCGCCGUCGCCGUCUCUACUCCGCUGCUCUUCGGUCAAACUAGUGCUUAAAGGUUAGCAAAUCAAUCAACAUGUCGAUGUCUAAGGGUUCGAAGAUGCUCCAGUUUAUCAAUUACCGGAUGCGGGUCACAAUCCAAGACGGGCGUCAACUCGUAGGAAAAUUCAUGGCCUUUGAUCGUCACAUGAACCUAGUCCUUGGCGAUUGUGAGGAAUUUCGUAAGCUGCCUCCCACUAAGGGAAGCAAAACCAACAAAGCAAACCCUAAUGAGGAGAGAGAAGAGCGCCGUACCCUUGGCCUUGUUCUUCUUAGGGGUGAAGAAUUGAUUUCCAUGACUGUUGAAGGACCUCCUCCUCCUGAAGAGUCACGUGCCAAGUCCAUGAGCGCCACUGCCGUCGCGGGUUCGGGUCUUGGCCGAGCUGCUGGAAGGGGUAUUCCAACUGCUCCACUUGUUCAUGCUCAGCCUGGUUUGGCUGGUCCAGUUCGUGGUGUUGGUGGUCCAGCUCCGGGCAUGAUGCAGCCUCAGAUCUCUCGACCACCAGUUCCAGCUCCUCAGUUUUCGGCUCCUGGGAUGACUUACCCAAAUGCACCUGUGAUGCGGCCACCGGGUCAGCAGAUGCCAGGAUAUCCACCUCAAGGACCACCACAGAUGCCACCGAGAGGCCCACCUCCCCCGGGGCAGUUUCCUCCAGGAUCAAGGCCUGGUCCAGCUCCUCCAGGGCAUUUCCAAAUGCCUCCUCAGUAUGCUCAGCGUCCUGGAAUGCCUGGCCCACCUCCUCCCAUGAUGCGUGGCCCUCCUCCUCCUCCCAGGCCUGGGAUGCAAGCUCCACCACCUCCUCGCCCUGGCAUGCCACCACCACCUGGAGGACAGGUGCCAGUCUAUGGACCUCCUCGUCCGGGGAUGCCACCUCCUCCAAACUCUCAACAGCCACCUCAGAAUCAGCAGCAGUAAUUAGACUACUGCAAUACAAUGGGUAUUCUAGGAUGAUGAUAAUGGUGUAGACUUUGUUUUCCAGAUCAGCUCAGUCCUGGCCUAGUUAUAUGAUAGAAGGAGAGGGAGUAGACGUUUUCCGGAGGGUGUUUAGCGCUACUGAGCUUGUUCAUUGGAUGUUAUGGAGGAUUGGUAGUGUAGAUUUUGCUGUUAUUUCUUCUUACAAAGGAACUGUUAUCUAUCUGUUGAUUCUUGUCUAUUUUCUUGAAGACUAGAAACAUUGUGAACUUCUGUUUUCUGGUUUAAAGGUCUCAAUAUAUCAUGCUGCUAGCACAUUUCUGAA